AUGAAAAAACCUUCUCAUAAUUGGGUUUGUUGUAUAGAAAAACUAGCUAUUUUUGAUAAAAUACUAACAUAUGAUAAUUUACAAGAACAAAUAAUUUCUGCAACAUUUUUAGCAGAAGACAAUAAUAAAACAAAUGAAGAUUCUGAAGUAAAAGAUAUUGAGUACAAUCCAAAUAUCAUUGAAUAUAUUAGUGAAAAUGUUAACAGAGAUAUUGGUAAAAAUGUAGAGGUUGAAAAUUCAAAAAAUUUAUCUAUAGCACUUCGAAAAUCAUGUUGUCAAAAUUUUAACAA